UCACACACUGAAACACAUACACAAAUUGUUAACUUCGUUGUUCGAAAAUUUUGGUUUGCCUUGAAUAUUUGAAUUCGAUAUUAGUAUCCAUCAAGUAGGGUUCUAGAAAUCGGCGAUCACGAAAUCCUCGAUUAUGAGGAUCGAUCUGAAUCUCGUCUCUCUGCUAGAAAAUGUAAACAGGAUAGUGUGUUGACGUGCAUAUGAGAUUCGUAAGUCGUUCUGUGUUUUUUGAUUGAUAGUUAAUUAGAUGGAGUGUUCGUAUGAUCUAUGUAAUAUAGAGGGGAAUGGAGAUGGAACUAACAAUCAUUUUCCAACUUCUUCUACGCCGGGCUGUUCAUCGGACCGAUCUUCCGGCCGGCAAACGUCAAUUCAUCGGUUAAUGGGUGGUGGUAAAGCUGCUGACCUUAUGCUGUGGAGGAGGUGGCGAAUCUCAUGUGGCACUAUAAUAGUAGCUACAAUUGCUUGGCUUGUUUUUGAGUGGUCAGGAUUGUCUUUGCUGUCUCUUUGUUCCGAUGUCUUGAUGGUCUUGAUUGUGAUGCUGUUUCUACGGGCUAACUUUGCUGUUAUUAGGAAUAAGCAACUCAGGUCACUACCAGAGCUAGUCUUAUCUGAAGAAAUGGUGAAUAAUGCUGCUGCAUCAUUUCGUGUCAAAAUUAAUAACAUGCUGCUUAUGGCUCAUGACAUAACCCUGGGGAAAGACUUUGCACUAUUCUUCAAGGUGGUGAUCUCCCUGUGGCUGUUAUCAGUAGUUGGUAGCUAUCUUUCUUUCCUGACACUUGCAUAUAUAGGGAUUGUUCUGUCUGUCACUGUUCCUGCCUUGUACAAUAGGUAUCAACAACAUAUUGAUCGAUACGCUAAUUUCCUCCAUAAACAGUUUUCAAAGCACUAUAAGAUUGUGGACGAAAGUGUUAUCAGCAGAUUUCCCAUGAACCUAUCCAAGGAUAAGGAUGAUUAGAUUCACUGAGUCUUGUUGGAUUGACAAUUUGCUUUGUUGAAGAAAAAUCUUGUUCUAAUUUGUAUUGCCUCCUAUGUUUGUACAAGUCUCUACAUGUAAAUGGUUUGACCUGGGAAUUUGACUUCUUUUUUACCUUUCUAAAAACUUACUGUAGUGUUGUGAUUCUCGCCCAUUCUGUAUGAGUAUGGUAUGAUUCUUGUCUUCUUUUAGUGAUCUUAAGGUCGUGCAUUUUGUUAAAAAAUUUAUUAUUUGGAAACACAAUCAUCUGGGAUGUGUUUGUUUGCUAGUUUUGUGUGUCAAUCACUAAACUUAAGAUAAUGUCCCUUACAUGAAAACACUU